UCACUUUUUGGUUUAUUAAUGCUAGUUAAGGGGGAGAUAGACUAUGUGCUUAAACAUCCUGUUAAAGGUUGUUAUUCUUUCAUUGGUUUUAUUUUUAUCACUAUUGGUCUUUAUAAUUUUUUGGCCCUUUUUCCUCAUCUUUUUUCUGUUACUUCUCACAUAUUAGUCACUCUUCCUUUUUCUUAUUCUUUUUGAAGAGCUAUUAUUUUUUCCAGGUGGGUUAGUUCUUUUAGUCAUUUUUUAGCGCAUUUAAUUCCUUCCGGUACUCCUAUAGCCUUAAUGGGUUUUAUGGUUUUGGUUGAGCUUCUUAGUAAUUUAAUCCGUCCCUUAGCUUUAACUUUUCGUCUUACUGCUAAUAUAAUAGCUGGUCAUCUGUUGAUGUCUCUUAUCGGGGGAGCCCUUAUUUCUCUGUCUUUUAGUUUUAUAGUCCUAGGUAGUUUAGUACAAUCUUUGUUAGUUUUCAUAGAGUUGGGGGUGUCUUUAAUUCAGGCUUAUGUAUUCUCUACUUUGCUUCUUCUUUAUUUGUCUGAGGGGGAGCAUUAGUUUUAAAAUGAAAAAAUUUAAUCCGUUCCAUUUAGUUAAUGUUAGUCCUUGGCCUUUUUUAACUUCCUUUUCUUUUUUAAGUUUUGCCUUAGGUGUCAUUAUUAUGGUGCGUUCUUUUUAUUGCACCCCUUUCUUAUUUUCUUUAUUUCUCCUCUUGUUUUCUUCUUUUCUUUGGGGACGUGAUGUUCAUCGGGAGGGUUGUUAUGAGGGGUGGCAUAAUUUUGAGGUUACAGUUGGACUUAAAGUUGGUAUAAUUUUAUUUAUUCUUUCUGAGUGUUUUUUCUUUUUGGGUAUAUUUUGAGGUUAUUUACACUUAGCUGAGGCUCCUGCAGUAGAUCUUGGUGGUAUAUGACCUCCAGUUGGUGUCUUUUCUUUUGACCCUAAGGGGAUUCCUUUUUUAAACACUAUUCUUUUAGUCUCUUCUGGUGUUUCAGUUACUUGAACCCACCAUGCUAUAGAGAUUGGUGAUUUUAAGUCUAGCUUAUUUUCUUUAUUAUUAACUGUUAUUCUUGGUGCUACUUUUACUUCUUUACAACUUUUGGAGUAUUAUGUAGCUAGUUUUACUUUUGGUUGUUCUUCCUAUUCUUCAGUUUAUUUUAUGGGUACUGGUUUUCAUGGUCUUCAUGUUUUAAUUGGCAGGGUUCUUCUUUUUAUUUGUUUAUUCCGAUUUUCUUUUCUUACUGUUAGUCCUGGCCAUAGUGUGGGUUUUGAAUGUUCUGUCUGGUAUUGACAUUUUGUAGAUAUCGUUUGGUUUUGUCUUUAUCUUAUCUUUUAUUGA